AUGUUGCCUUCAACUCCUCGUGGUGGUCAGAAUGGUGGUGGUCAGAAUGGUGGCUCUCCCAAUCUCUCCAACAAUGCUCCACCUUCUUCACAACAACCAUCAUCCUCCUCCUCCUCCUCCUCGACACAACAACAAGAAGAUUCUGAAGUGGUGGUAGUUCAAUCAGUGAAUCCCAAUGAAUUGGAUAGCUCCAGUGAAACUUCAGAAUUUGCUCUCUACCAAUUAUAUAAAAGAAACUUUGAAUCGGAUACAAUUGAUGAUUUAUCACUUCUCAAAGAACCAACCGACCAAACAGUGGCUCGAAUUUUGAGAAAUCGAUAUUAUAAUCAACAACCAGAUAUCAAUGGAGGAGUUUCACAAUUUUAUACUUAUUUGGGACCAACCAUUGUUGCUGUGAAUCCUUAUCAAAAGACAAAACAUUACAAGAAUCAUGUGAAAACAUUCUAUCACGCAAAGCAACCCUAUGAGAUUGGUCCUCACUUGUAUUCAUUGGCCGAAGAUGCUUAUCGUCAAAUGAAAGAGACUGGACAAGGACAAACAGUGAUUGUUUCUGGUGAAAGUGGUGCAGGUAAAACGGAAAGUUGUAAAAUUCUUUUAGAAUAUAUUAGUGCCAUCUCGAUCAGUGGUCUCAUCACUGAAAACAUCAAACGUAUUCUCAUUGAAGCCAAUCCAGUGUUAGAAGCAUUUGGUAAUGCCAAAACUCUUCGUAAUGAUAAUUCCUCUCGAUUUGGUAAAUAUAUGGAAAUUUUCUUCAAUUUUAAAGGACAACUCGAAGGAGCACACAUCACUACAUCACUCUUGGAAAAGUCUCGAGUGGUGACUCAACGAAAAGGAGAACGAAACUUUCACAUCUUUUAUCAAAUGUGUGCAGGUGCCGACGAAUCCAUGAAAAAAGAUUUAAAGUUAGAAGAUGCCAAGAAAUUUAACUAUUUGACUGCCAAUGGUGUCAACACAUCGAGUCAAGCACUUACCAUUUCUGGAGUCAAUGAUAAAUUGGAAUUUAAAAAUACGAGACAGAGCAUGACAGAAGCAGGUAUUAGUGUUUUGGAACAAAUGGAAAUCUUUCGAUUGUGUGCAGGUAUUUUACAUUUGGGUAAUGUGAAAUUCAAAGAAGUGAAUAACAAUGGCAAAGAAACUGCUGAAAUUGAAAACAGAGACACUCUACGAACUGCUGCCUAUUUGUUUCAAAUUGAUUACGACGUGUUGAGAGAUGCCAUUCUCUACAGAACCAUUCACGUCGGACGAGAAGCCACCAAAACGUUACAAAAUGCUGAGAAGUCAGCCUACAACAGAGAUGCUCUUGCCAAAGGUAUUUAUGAAAGACUUUUCGCAUGGCUCAUUCGUCGUAUCAACAGUGCUGUCAAGAGACCUGACGACGCCAAAUAUUCGAUUGGUAUUUUAGACAUUUAUGGAUUUGAAAUUUAUGAAAAACAUACCAAAGAAAAGAACUCUCUCGAACAGCUCAAUAUCAAUUUUGUGAAUGAAAAGAUUCAACAACAAGUUCAGAAAUGGCUUCAAGCAGAACAAGAUGAAUAUGUAAAAGAGGGAGUUCCUUAUACUCCAAUUCCUCUCAAAAAUGUCGAUCAAACUGUGGAAGUGAUUGAAGGAAAGCCACUAGGUAUAUACAAGCUAUUGGAUGAAGAAUCACUCUUUCCGAAUGGUACUGAUGAAAGGUACAUGCAAAAAUUGAAUACUGCAUUUGGAACAGGUUAUGCAUGUUAUGAAAAAUCUAAAUUUGCUGGUCUCGUUUUUGAUUUGAAACACUUUGCUGGUAAAGUGACCUAUGAUGUGGAAGGAUGGGUCACAAUGAAUAAGGACACACUUUUUGAAGAUCUUGUUUUAGCCAUGAGAAGAUCUCAAUCCAAUCUAAUGCAACAACUCUUUCCUAGAGAUGAAAAGGUCGAUUCUUUUGGUAAAUUGCAAAAAACAACGACCAUGCAAUUUGCAGAAGAUGUUCUCAAAUUUGUGGGUAAAAUGAAAGGAAAGCAUCAUCACUUUGUGAAAUGCAUCAAACCUAAUCAUGAAAAGAAACCUAAUGAAUUCUUAGAUGAAGUCGUUAUGGAACAAGUGAAAUAUUUGGGAGUUACAGAAAAUGUCCACAUUCGAAACAGUGGUUAUUAUUUCAAGAUGGACUUUGAUAAGUUUUUAGAUCGAUACAAGAUGUGUUCAGAUGCCACAUGGCCACGUUGGAAUGGUUCUCCAAAAGCUGGAGUUAAGAAAAUUUUACAAGAAAUGAAAAUUCCAAAAUCCAAAUAUGCUCUUGGUAAGAGUAAGGUCUUUUUGCAAACUCCAGUUCAAUUGUUUGCAUUGGAUGAAAAGAUUGCUUCUCGUAGAGUUGAAAUGGCUUCUAUCAUUCAAAGAAAUUUCAGAAAGUUCAAAGCAAGACAAAAAGUUCUUGCUGAACAACAUUUACAAAAGGCCUUAGAAAAGACCUUUGGUGAAAAGUGUGACAAUUUAUUCCAACGUUUGGUGAAUCAAAUUAAUUGGAAGACUGGAGAAAGACAAAGAAAACUCCUUGUCGUUGCUCCAAGUGCCAUUUAUUUAGUGGACCCAAAGACUUAUACUGUUCUCAAACGUGUGCAGUACAAGACGAUUGAUAGUUUGAAAUGUUCUGCACUCAAUGAUGAGGUUAUUAUCAUUUCUGCUCCACAAGUUCACGAUCUAAUGAUUGAAGCAGACAGUAAGAAUGAAGUCAUGAAGGCCAUUCGUGACUCGUAUGAUUUGUUCUUUUCACAUAUUAAUCGUGACAAAUCAGCUCCUUCCAACACCUCAACACAAGAUGCAUCAUCAAAUUCAACUACACAAAAAGACAAUGAUCCCAAUGCUCCUCCUUCUUCAACAGCAGCAAAUUCAGGAACAGAUCCUGCUUCAACGAAUGAAGAUCUCUCAAACAAGAAUACUGCUCUGGCUGCAACCGAUGAUCACAGUAUCAAAACAUUACGUGUGGACAUUGGUGAGGAAUUUGUUUUCCAUCCAUUGAAGGUACUUAAUAAGAGAGUCAAAUUUGUGAAAAAUUUCAAUGCCAAAUCUGGAACCAUUAUCGAAGUGACCACAGAAGGUUUAUUGGUCAGUUCAAAACCAAGUGAUGACGUGUUCGAUGGUAUGAAAUUGAGAAGAAAGACUUCCUUCCAUAAAAAAUUCUACGGAGAUUAUAUUCACUUGGCUAAAUCAGAACUCAUGAAAAAGAUUUCUGAAGAUUUUGGAGAUCAAGAAGUUUCAUUCAGUGGUGUUGUGACGAAAUAUAACAAAAAGUACAAGAAACAAGAAAGAAUCUUGUUGAUUACUGAAAGAGCCAUUUACAAUAUUGAUCCAAAUGGUUACAUUAUUCACAGACACAUUCCAAUGAGAAGAUUGAAAGCAGUGACUGUGUCACCUUAUACCGAUGGCUUCUUUGUGAUUCACACACCUGAUGAAUAUGACUAUGUGUUUGAAAGUAACAAGAAGACUGAAAUUUUGAAAGUUCUCUCAGAAAAUUACACUAAUGCCACUCGUGCCAAGAUGAAAUUCUUUGUCAAGAAUUCAAUCAAACACAGAAUGAAGAAGGGUAACGAAAAUCGAUUGGAAUUUAAGGAAGUGACUACCAUUCGUGGUAAUCAUGUCACACCAACCGAUUAUGGAGCUGAAAUUCAAGUCAAAGUUGAAGAAGUGAUGAGCAAUGAAUUGGACACAAAUGUUGUUCAAGAUAUUUAUCAAGGACAAAAGUUGAGAAGAAAAGAUUCUCUCUUGAAAUGGUAUCUCGGUGAUUAUUUACACAUUGCCAACACCAAAGCAUUUGAGAAAAUCAAGAAGGAGUUUGGAGAUUGUCAACUCUUGUACAGUGGUUUGGUUCAGAAAAUUAACAAACGAUAUCUCGUUCAGGAUCGUAAAUUACUUGUCACCGAUCAAGCUGUGUACAAUUUGGAUAAUGACUUGAAGGUUCUAAGAAGAAUUCCAUUUAAAGAUAUUUCUGGAAUUAGUGUGAGUACCAUGAGAGAUGGUUUCUUCAUUUUGAAAGUUCCAGACGAAUACGAUUAUCUCUUUUCAAGUCCAUCCAAAACAGAAAUCAUCAAAGCAAUUAUGGAUCAAAAGAAGAAGGUUGAAAAUCGAUCACUAGAAUUACAAGUCGAUGACAAACUUGUGUAUACGGUUCACAAAGGAAAGGGUGUGAAAACUCUUGACUUCCAAGAUGAUUUCACAGUGAAAUCGACUCUUAUUAUUCCAACGAGUACUGGAGCUAUCAUUAAGGUCAACAAUGUUGAAGUCGACGAACAACAACAAAACGUUCCACAAGAAGCUGAAAAGAAUCAACUCGUUUCUGAAGUGAAACAAUCGAUUGGAACAGAUAUUUAUAAGGGAAGAAAGACAAGAAAGAAGGCAUCCAUGAUGAGAGAACACAUGGGAGAUUAUUUGCCAAAUUAUUAUAACAAGCUUGUUCAACAAUUAUUACAAAAGAAUGGUGACACUCAAUUAUUGUUCGCUUCAGAAGUGUUGAAAAUUAACAAAUCACUCAAAACUCAGAAACGUAUCAUGAUUAUUACAGAUAAGCAUAUUUAUAAUAUUGAUCCACAAGAAUUUAAGGUGAAACGUAUUAUUGAUUUGGAUGAAAUUGAGGGUGCUUCAAUGAGUCCUUUCGCUGAUGAUAACUUUUGUUUGCAUGUUCCAAGUUCAUACGAUUAUUUGUACGAUUCAGACAAGAAGACUGAAAUUUUGGAUGUCUUGUCGAAUGCCAUCAUGAAGAAGUCCCAAAAGAAACUUCCAAUUAACAUUGCAGAUACUUUCUCAUUCUCUCCAAGUGGUAAUGACGUUGUGAAUAUUAACUUUGUUGAAGAUGCAAAUGCGAAUGAGACCUUCAUUGAACCUCACAACAACAAUUUGGUUGUUCGUGUGAAUCACAAAGAACCUGGAGUUGUGCUGGAAGCUGCCUAUGUCUAUGUGACAAGACAUGCCUCAGAAAAGGACAAGGAAAAUGUUAAACCCGUUGAAGUCAAGUCGAAUCCAAUCUUGAUCAAACUCAGAAAGAGAUGGAAGUACAAAUUGGAAAUUCGUUUCUAUGUGAAUGAAUACCUUUCACAAUGUUCAUUCCAUGAAAAGAUUGAUACCGUCGGUUCGAGAUUAGAAUUUGUGUCUCAAGUCUCUGAUUUGGAACCUCGUGAGGAACGUUAUGUUAUUACAUUGCCUGAACGUGAUGUUGUGUAUUCUUUGCUUUCAAAGACUCGAGUGAAGUGUAAAUUAGUGGAUCCAAUGGGCCGAACACUUUUGGCAGUUCGUUUCAUUUACGAUGUGAGAUAA